CGGGGCUCGGCGGGAUUCGUCAGCGCCCUGCUGCGGCACCCGGGCCGCUCAGGUGAGCGAGAGGCGUGUGCGGGCGGGGCCGAGCGGGCCCCAAUCCGUAGGCGAGGCAGGAACCGCCCGCCGCGCCCCCGAGAGCUCUCGGCGGCGCGCAAUCGCCUCUGGGCACCCCGAGACCAUGGGGAAGCUCGUGGCGCUGGUCCUGCUGGGGGUCGGCCUGUCCUUAGUCGGGGAGAUGUUCCUGGCGUUUAGAGAAAGGGUGAAUGCCUCUCGAGAAGUGGAGCCAGUAGAACCUGAAAACUGCCACCUUAUUGAGGAACUUGAAAGUGGCUCUGAAGAUAUUGAUAUACUUCCUAGUGGGCUGGCUUUUAUCUCCAGUGGAUUAAAAUAUCCAGGCAUGCCAAACUUUGCGCCAGAUGAACCAGGAAAAAUCUUCUUGAUGGAUCUGAAUGAACAAAACCCAAGGGCACAAGCACUAGAAAUCAGUGGUGGAUUUGACAAAGAAUUAUUUAAUCCACAUGGGAUCAGUAUUUUCAUCGACAAAGACAAUACUGUGUAUCUUUAUGUUGUGAAUCAUCCCCACAUGAAGUCCACUGUGGAGAUAUUUAAAUUUGAGGAACAACAGCGUUCUCUGGUAUACCUGAAAACUAUAAAACAUGAACUUCUCAAAAGUGUGAAUGACAUUGUGGUUCUUGGACCAGAACAGUUCUAUGCCACCAGAGACCACUAUUUUACCAACUCCUUCCUGUCAUUUUUUGAGAUGAUCUUGGAUCUUCGCUGGACUUAUGUUCUUUUCUACAGCCCAAGGGAGGUUAAAGUGGUGGCCAAAGGAUUUUGUAGUGCCAAUGGGAUCACAGUCUCAGCAGACCAGAAGUAUGUCUAUGUAGCUGAUGUAGCAGCUAAGAACAUUCACAUAAUGGAAAAACAUGAUAACUGGGAUUUAACUCAACUGAAGGUGAUACAGUUGGGCACCUUAGUGGAUAACCUGACUGUCGAUCCUGCCACAGGAGACAUUUUGGCAGGAUGCCAUCCUAAUCCUAUGAAGCUACUGAACUAUAACCCUGAGGACCCUCCAGGAUCAGAAGUACUUCGCAUCCAGAAUGUUUUGUCUGAGAAGCCCAGGGUGAGCACCGUGUAUGCCAACAAUGGCUCUGUGCUUCAGGGCACAUCUGUGGCUUCUGUGUACCAUGGGAAAAUUCUCAUAGGCACCGUAUUUCACAAAACUCUGUACUGUGAGCUCUAGACUCUAGAUAGUUAAAAAAAAAAAAAAAAAGUCUACAUAUUUUGUAAAAGUAAACUGAUAAUUGUAUGAUAAGUGGCACUGUAACUAAAUAGCAAACACCAACCAGUGAGUGUGGCUUUUCUUAUGGAUAGAAGUAAAGGAGCAGACAGAGAUUCCUUGAUAGCUAGCCAUCAAAUUGCAAGUCAGGUUAAUGACAGUCCAACAAGAAGCCAAACUUUACGGAUCUUUGUUAGCAGCCCCAAUGUUCUUUCUACAAUAAAACAUGUGGACUAUGUCCAGUGAGGUCUCCAACUCACCUAGAGGUCCUUGGUAACUGGGUCCAAGUUUCCUCCUACAGUUUUGACGUUCUGGGUCUCCUACAGUCCAGACCAAGAGAAAAGCUAAUGUUCAAGUAUUUACAACCCCUGUUCUCUCCCCCCAGUUGUGCUGGGCACAGACAGUUAAUUAAGUGUUCCAGUCUGCAGAUAAAGAAUUAGCAUCAUGUGAUUGCCCAAAGCCCUUAGAACUUGCAUUCUCCCAGGGUACCGACACAUAGGAAAUUGGGUUCUGAGAAAUCUGACAGUUGGGCCUCAGAGGCUACCUUAGGGCAGGGGGUGCUUAUCUCUAAUAGGCCCUUAUUUGUAUUGAUGCUUGUAUCUCAAAUACAGUUGGCCCUCUGUAACUGUGAGUUCUACAUCCAUGGAUUCAACCAACCAGAGAUUGAAAAUAUUUGGAAAAAAAUUGAUGGUUGCAUCCAUACUGAACAUGUACAGACUUUUUUUGGUCAUUAAUCCCUAAACAACACAGUAUAACACAUAUUUACAUAAUAUUUACAUGAUAUUAGGUAUUAUAAGUGAUCUAGAGAGUACCUACAUAGGGGAAUGAACAUAGGUUAUAUUCAAAUACUAUGCCAUUUUAUAUCAGGGACUUGAGCAUCCGUGGAUGUUGGUAUCCAUCAGAGUCCUGGAAUCAAUCCUCCAUGGUUAUGGAGGGGCAACUGUUUUGCUAACCUACUGGGCUCUGAAUCUUAGAUGAAGCCUUAAGGCAGUUAUCUUUGACUGCCUUUAUCUUGCCCUUCUGGUUUAUUCAAUAAACACUUAUUAAGCAACCUCCAGUAAAUUUGGCCCUAAGGAAUCUGAAAUGAGUAGAAUGGUUCUGGCCUAAUGUCCUAUCUUGAAGACCAACCUUAAACUUAAUUUGAUGAGAAUGAAUAGAAGUGUCUUUUUCUGGUCCCAAACCAGUACAACCUUUAGCAAACAAACCAUUAAUGAAAGUCAGAGCACCCAAGCACCUCCCUUCCCUUUUUGUGACUUUUAUUCGGGAGUGGUUGGUUGAUGCUUUUUCUCUUUUGGGGAGACCAUUUUAUAUCCAAAAGAACAUUGCUCAGUUUUAUGUAGGUUUGCUGAAAAGUUUUGCAGGGUAAAAUUGUCCUUUUUUCCCGUGUAACCUAUUGUGAUUUUGACUAUAAGACUUUGUAGUUUUCAUUGCUUCAAAGAGGAAUAAACAUUCAGCAGAAUGCUAUAGUCAGUUAUUAGAUUUUAAAUUUCAAAAGCCUAGCUAUCAAGAGAACACAGAAUAAAAAAGACAUUAAAGACAUAAUUUAAGAAAAUAAGUAGAGUCAGUUUUGAAGAAUAUAAUAGUCUUUGUUUUAGUCCCUAGCCCUCAUACUUACUAUAUUAUAAUGUUUACCAGACUAGGGGAGAAUAAAGAGAGAUAGGAAAAGACAAAGAUAAUUUAGAUGCUGGUAAGUUCCUGAGAAUUGAUCCUGCUCUGCCUUCUCCUCAGGCCAAGUUAGAAAGGCUGGGGGAUAAAACUUUCCUCAGGAAAUUUGGGUGAUCUGAUUGCUGAGGGACUAAUGUGUCCUUUCCCUGGGAGGGCCUGGGAAAGUCACAAAGCCCCAGGGAUUCUCUGUGCUCAGCCUGAUGAAAAAACAGAGAAGAAAUGCUAGUGUGAUUUACUGGGGAUGGCAUCACACCUACACUUGAACUUGGCACAGAAGCAAAUUCCCACGUGCCCAGAGGGGUAUGGGGGUUAGCAGAGAAAGAACUGAUAGACUUAAAAAGGUCUUGCUGUCAGGAAAAAGAAAAUAAGUAGUCAUCUGAUUCAAAUGAAGACCGAAGUUUAGACGGUGACAUCAAAGACCAGCUGUCUCCCAUGAUGCUUUAGCUCUCCCUGCUGGAUUUUAGACAAAACUCCCGGGAUUGGGAGGGGGCUUUGGAAUUGCCUUAUGUAUUGAUUUGUGCUUCCAAACAAUGUGUGGGGACUCAAAAAUAAAAUUACAUGAGGCUGUGGAAAAAAUAAGUUAUGUUACACUU